AUGACACGAAGGAAAAUCAAGAGUUACUAUCAACCCGACAAAGUAACAAUCGUAGAUUGGCAAGGAUCCCCUUUCUUGGUUACGACUGACGAAGGGAAGAAAACGAAAAUAGCCGGCUGUUCUAUGGUGGGAUGUUCCGACUACGUCAGAGCCGGUGACGUCACAGAUUGGAACGUUAACGAUGCUGAUUUGGAGGCUCAGCUAGCAGAUCCAGCUCAGCUCGGACGGCUGUUUGUUGAAUCUCGAACGAAAGACGAAGUGCGAGCAUUCGGUGGACGUGGCUUCUCUAUCGUGAACCUGGCCAAAACUCGAGUCUACGAGAGUGGUGACGAGAUCGAGGCUCACAGUCGGAAAGAGGCGAAGACCUUUAACGGCGCGUGCAGUGGUGACGGAACUCUGAGGCCCGAAGACGAGGCUGACGUCACCUCGGCAGAAUACGUGCCGGUCAGAGUGGUAAAAUCUACAUGUUUGCUCUGAAUCCGGAGGUGACCGCGCGGCCACUCCCUGUCUUCCAGCACAAGAUACGACGAAUGCCCGACCCCACCCGAACGUGGGAUGACCUUCACGCUAAUGGUUUAGCUGGAGACGCUGGAAUCGUUGACCUCAAGUUCGACCAGGACCGCCAUGCUCUGUUCGUGCUGUCGUCCAAAUCGAGCAGUGUCUCUGCGUACGAGAUGGUUGACCAGAACAGCGUGGUGCUCAGAGAGUUGAAGUAGGACUACCCAGUCAUGUUACCAGUCAGUCGAGUGUAUCGACUGUUCAAACUUAAAUCUGUUAUCGAAGUCUAUAGCCCACCUUCAUCUACAACAUAAAUAAAGUUUGUCUUGUGA